AACUUCUUAAGCAGCAGAAGGAAGGAGUGGCUGGGACCUGAGAUCAAAGACUCACUGAAGAAUUUCUGUUGUUUGAAAACCAUGGCUGAGAAACCUAAACUUUACUACUUUGAUGGAAGGGGAAGAAUGGAAUCCGUUCGCUGGCUCUUAGCAGCAGCUGGUGUUGAGUUUGAAGAAGAAUUUUUAGAAACAAGAGAGCAGUAUGAAAACUUGUUAAAAGAUGGAUACCUGCUCUUUCAACAAGUCCCUAUGGUGGAAAUUGAUGGACUGAGGCUGGUGCAAACUCGAGCCAUCCUCAACUACAUAGCUGCAAAACACAACCUUUAUGGGAAGACCUUGAAGGAGAGAGCUCUAAUUGAUAUGUAUGUGGAAGGAACAACCGAUCUCAUGGGCCUAAUCAGGGUUCACUACAAAUUAGCCCCAGAAGAAAAGGAGAAGAAUCUUCAUUUGAUCAUUGAACGAGCCACAAAGAGAUACUUCCCAGUAUACGAAAAAGUUUUGAAAGACAAUGGUCAGCACUUUCUGGUGGGCAACCAACUAACCUGGGCUGAUGUCCAACUAAUUGAGGCCAUAUUCAUGGUAGAAGAGAAGGACCCCACAGUUCUCUUACAGUUUCCUUCAUUGCAGGCCUUUAAAGUGAGAAUGAGUGAUGUUCCUACAAUUAAGAAGUUCCUGCAGCCCGGCAGCCAGAGGAAGCCCCCACCUGAUGAAAAAUUUCUAGCAACAGCAAAAAGAGUCUUUAACAGGAAAUAAAAAAACUGGGAACAUGCUGUGGGCUUAUUUAAAUCACUUCUUGCAUGGAGCUGUUCAUAAUUGUGCUUGUACUAAUGCUUUUGAACAUUUAUGAACUCCAUUUAAUCAUUAGUUGUGUGAAACUGAUUAACUAAUAACAUUUUGAGAUUGAGGCUGAUUCAAAACCUUUUAUAACUAAAUGAAAUUCAAACCUUGAUACAAAUAUUACAUAUCUUGUAUUACUGAUUGCCUGAUGUUAUCAUAUUUUGUAAUCUACCUAUUGAUUGGCAGGAAACUUUUUUGUCAUAUUUGUAAACCACCUUGGGUCCCAGCAGGAAAGGUAGUCUAUGAAUGAUGAUGACGAUGAUCAACAUCAUCAUCGUCAUCAUAAGAAAUAUCAAGUAUACCAAGAAAUGUUGUUUUUCUCAGUACAGUGUUUAAAAUAGAACUCAGUAAUUUGCAGUGCAACGCUAUGUAGAGCAACUUCAGUCUUAGUCCACUGAAAUCAAUUAGGUUAGACUGGGGUGACUCUGCACAGGACUGCAGUGGUAAUAUCAUGGGAGAAUAUAUUCAUACAUACAUGAAAGAAUAUAUUCAGUGGAUCUAAACUUUCUGCUGAGGAAUAUAGCAAGAAAAUUCUGUCUGGUCUGGAUUCCAUUCUUGCCCUAUCGUUCAAGUGCAUCCAAUUAUUUCUGUAGGUGUAUACAAAUAUUCAAAUGGACUCAUGAGAUGGGGGGGGGCACGGCGGCACGCUGGCCCAGUGGUAGAACUCGGAUCCUGCAUGUGGAAAAUUUGAGGAUACAUCUCUUCAUCUGCUUAGAAUUAAUUCAGAUAUUUUGGAAGUGGGGAUAGGGGCAUGACGGUAUUAUUUAAUUGGUGAAUAAAAGGUAUUCUUCCCUGA